UUUGCGUGAUAAACAUCAUAUAGUUUGCGCAUCGCACGGAAACGCAGGUAAACCUGAAUCAAACACAAUAACAACAUAGCGGCGACAUUUUUACUACUUUGUUGCUACUGCUACUAUAAGUUCUUAAAAGAAAAAAGUGUUUGAAGACGUGCAGGCGAGUGAAGAAAAAUUUUACUCGAUAAGGAGGAAUAUUUUCUGAAGAAUUUGUAUGCAAAUGUGCAGUGAUGCGCAAAAUUUCGCGUUGUAUAAAAAAGUUAAAAUAGUUAAGAAAAAAUAAUUGAAAACGAAUUAAAAUGACGAUGCAAUAAAGGCUUGCAUUUAAUCUGGAGUCAAAUUUAAAGUGAAUAAGUGCAAAUGCGUAAGACAGAAAAAUGGGUGUAGAAUGAAAACUUGGUGACAGAGGCCAAUUUUAUCAUACUUAUGCACCACGCAAUCAUUCCAUGUGCUUUUGUGUCGUUGAAAUUUGUUCGAGGUAUAUACGAACUAGCGUUUGCAGAUAAAAUUUCAAACGGCGCGAAAUUUUCAAAGAUUAAAACUCCAAACUUCACAAUGCAAUUUAAUUAGUGUAAAGGCUUUAAAAAACGAGGAAAAGUUAAAGCUACUUGUGAAAAAUCGCGCGGACAUUUUGCUGAUUUUGCAUCUGAUUUUUUCUGUUCAAAACGUAAGUAAACCGUUACUUUACGUUACGCGGUUAACGUUGACGACACGCACGAAAUCAAGCUGCGCAGCGCUGAAAUGUCAAAAGUUCACGUGGUGCUGCUAUCGCCCACGCAAAGCUGACGGCGAGAGAAGUAACGUUACUUUUUGUAAAAAAUUAUGCAAUUAAUAAAGAAACUUCGCAAUUAAAUAUGAACUAACGUUAAUUGUGCAAAAACUAAGAAAAGAGGAAGCAAAAGCAAAAGACGCCUAAUCGAAGGGAAAGAAGUGCAUGCGUGUCAAAUUAAAUAAAUCAAUCAGAAUGCAGGAAAAUUUAAAUCAGAAAUAUAAUAAUUGAAAAUAACUGCGCCUACAGUAGUGCAUGUAAUAUCUCACAGAUCAUCUCAAAUAAAGAUAAAACCAAAUUGAUAAAGAAACAUUGCGCCAUGCUAAGCUAACAGUUAAUAAAGUGUUUACAAAAACAAAACCAAAAAAAAAAAAAACUCAACAAAAUUUAGUUUUCUAAACACAUUUUACAUUGUAAGCCAAUUAUAUAGUUUUAUGAAUAAUUUAUUGUGUGCAACAACAAAAAUUCGAAAAAGUCUUUCUUAAGAACAAAAACAGAAGAAAAAAAAGUUAUUAGUUGUGUGCUCCCAAACUGUUUCCUGCUGAUUUUAAACAAAAACAGAAAAUAUCCAACGAAUUUUAUUUAGAAACUAAACAAAAGUGAAAAAUCGUUUAAUGCCAUAUAGAAAGGAUUAUUUAUAAAAAAAAAACAAAACACACUAGACCGAAUUUUUGCGGACAACGCUACAAGGCAGCUAUAAUUGGACAUAUUCGUCGGCGUAAAACACUACUUUGGACUAAAUUCCCUAUACGGAUUAGCUACAUACCUAAAACCAUAAAUCUUUCAAAAUGAAUUGGAUAAACUUAACAGCAGCCACAAUCCUAACGCUCUUAGUCAUUGUCAAUGAGGUCCACAGUUCCGGUUUAUUUGAAUUACGCUUACGUUAUUUCAACAAUGAUUACGGACGCGAUAGCGAAGGCAAUUGUUGUAGUGGCUUCUCCGAUCCGCAAACGGGCAAAUGUAUCGGUACAUGUAAGACACGGUUUCGCGUUUGUCUCAAACAUUAUCAGGCGAAAAUCGAUACGACAUCACAGUGUACGUAUGGUGAUGUUGUGACGCCGAUACUGGGUGAAAAUUCGGUAAAUCUAACGAACACGCAAAAAUUCAAAAGCAAAGGUUUCACGAAUCCCAUACAAUUUGCCUUCAAUUUUGCAUGGCCGGGCACGUUCACCUUGAUCGUCGAGGCUUUGCAUGAUACGAACAACAGCGCCAAUACGCGCUCAAAUAAUUUAUUAAUUCAACGUAUGUCGCUGCAACAAGUGCUCGAAGUAUCGACUGAGUGGAAAACGAACAAGAGCGAAGCUCAAUACACUUGGUUGGAAUAUGAUUUUCGUGUCACCUGCGAUGCUCAUUAUUAUGGUCGCGGCUGUGCGAAUCUGUGUAGGCCACGUGAUGAUUCAUUUGGGCAUUAUACCUGCUCGGAGAGCGGUGAAAUUAUCUGCUUGAGUGGCUGGCAGGGAGAUUAUUGUGAUAAAGCUGAAUGCACCAAAGGAUGCGACCACGGCCAUUGCGACAAGCCUAAUCAAUGCAUUUGCCAAACCGGUUAUAAGGGACCUCUGUGCAACGAAUGUGAACCGUAUCCCGGCUGUGUGCACGGCACAUGCAACAAACCCUGGAAAUGCAUCUGUAAGGAAGGCUGGGGCGGUUUGCUUUGCAAUCAGGACCUGAACUACUGCACCAACCAUCGUCCCUGUCAAAAUGGCGGUACCUGUUUUAAUACCGGCCCUGAUCUAUACACCUGCAAGUGUCCACCGAAUUUCCUUGGCUCUGAGUGCCAGACUGAGAUCUCUUCAUGCAAGGAGGCUAAUCCCUGUCAGAAUGGCGGCUCUUGUCGUGAUGAUGCUUCCAAGCGUGGCUACAAGUGUGAUUGUUUGAAAGAUUGGGGAGGACCGUUGUGCGCAGAAAGAAUGAUCACUUGCCUGGAUAAACCGUGUCGUCACGGCAGCUGCCGCAACACUACGAAAGGAUUUCAAUGCGACUGUCCGAGCGGCUACAGCGGGCGCAUCUGUGAACUGCAUGUGGACAACUGUAAUCCGAACCCCUGCCAAAAUGGUGGUAGCUGUUUCAUGACUCCGUCUGGAAAUCACCAAUGUCAGUGUCGUAGUGGUUUUACAGGUAGCAUGUGUGAGCAGAACAUAGAUGAUUGUCAGGGCAAUCCGUGUCAGAACGGCGGCACCUGCAUCGACAUGGUCAAUCAGUUUCGUUGCCAAUGCGUGCCUGGAUACUUGGGUUCUUUGUGCGCAGAUAAAGUAGAUUUGUGCUUAACGAAGCCUUGUGCGAAUGGCGGCGUCUGCACGAACCUCAACAAUGACUACAGAUGCACAUGUCGCGCUGGCUUCGCAGGCAAAGAUUGUUCUAUUGACAUUGACGAGUGCAUGUCGGCACCUUGUCGCAAUGGUGGCACCUGCGUAAAUCGCGUCAAUAGUUUCCACUGCGUUUGUGCCAACAACUUCCGCGGUAAACAAUGUGAGGAUGAGUCUUACGCAUCGGCUACGUAUAAUGCACGCCAAUACGAAGCGACGCCACAAGCACGCAGUGACGGUUUGACAAGUGGGCAAGUCUUUCUGAUUGCUAUACUUUCGGUCGCUAUGCCUGUGGUGGCGGUGAUUGCAGCCUGUGUUGUGGUUUGCAUGAAGCGCAAGCGUAAGCGUGCCCAGGAGAAGGACGAUGCGGAGGCUCGCAAACAGAACGAACAAAACGCAGUGGCGACGCUGCAUCACAACGUAAACAGCGGCGCUGGUAUGGGCGUUAUGAGCGGCGUGGUAGGCGGUGUAGGCUUGGGUAUAAAGCGCACCUCUUCCUCUGGGCUGGCCUUCGACAAUUCAAAUCCAAACAUUAUUAAGAACACCUGGGACAAAUCAGUGAAUAACAUUUCCGCUUCACCGAGUACAGAUGACUGCUUGAAUUCAUCGCUUUAUGGCACAGCGUUAGCCAAUUAUGCAGCAGAUAAUAACGCCAAUUCGGAAUUUUGUGGUGUCGGCCAAAUAGCGCCUCUGCAACGUGCCAAAUCACAGAAACAACUCAACACUGACCCCACUCUAAUGCACCGCGCCUCGCAACUGUUGCACAGUGCCGCCAGUGCUGUAGCCGGUGCAAGUGCUGCUGCUGCGGCUGCAAAUGCUGCUGGCGCCGGCAUGAGUGGAGUGAUCGGCGGUAAUGGCGCUGUUGGUGGUGGUGGUGUUGCUGGUGUUGGUGGUGCAACCAAAGACUAUGGUGUCCAUAGCAGCAAUGGCGGCGGCGGCGGCAUAGCCGAAGGAAAACGCAUCUCAGUGCUAGGUGAGAGCGCCUAUUGCAGUCAGCGAUGGCAAUCGUUGGCGGCGGCGGGUGUGAGUGGUGGUUGUGCGUCACAAAUGAUGGCUGCAUCAGCAGCGGCAGCGGCCGCGGCGGCGGGGAGCAGUGCGGCGGCAUCUACAGCGCAUCAACAACAACAACAGGCGCGUGCGGUGAUGUGUGGCACGCCACAUAUGUGAGCGCGUGUUGUAAGUGAGCAGUUUUUGGCUGUGGCGUCAAGCGAGGUGAGCGGACACGGGGAACGCGUGCGUAUGGUGUUAGCGCGUUGGUGGGGGCACGCGUAACGAGCUGUUGCUACAUUUGCUACGAUAUUUCUUACAAAAAAAAUCUUAUUUUCUAUAUUAAUAUAAUUUUUUUUUUCAUGUAAAUGCAAGAAUUUUUACAAGUGAAAAUGUGCUGCACCACCUUUUCAAUUAACUUACAUACACGCAUAUUUACAUACUUAAAUUUUUCUGUAAUUUUUCGCUAUUGAAAAGGACUGACGUUGAUAAGAAAUUCAUUGUAAAAAAGCCGUAUACGUAUAAAUUAAAAUUAAUUAUAUUUAAAUAAAUUAGAUGUGCGCAAUUGCGAGAAGCGAAGAGCGAACGAACGCGAAUGGUGGUGAGAAGGCAAACACUGACAUUUUUUUAGAAAUUUAAAAAAUUUACAAAAAAAAAACCAAAUUUGCUGUAUGUUGUGUGCUUCGUAGAAUUUACAAGAAAGAAACUUAGCGUUAUCAAAUUUUUAAUUAUAACAAUUUACUAAAUUUAAAUAUUUAAUAAGCGAAAAGCCUAGAAAUGACGCAUUCCGCUAGUAGCAAACGACGAGUAAUUUUUGCAUGACGCAGCCACACAUUUGCCGAUCAGACAUUUUUGGAUCUUUCUCUCUCAUAUAAAUUAUGUGCGAAUUUUUCAAAAUCUAGUUUUUUUAUUCAAUUUUUUUUUAGUGGAGUGCGCUGAUUGCUGCAGCUGUGACGAAUAUUGAAUUAAAAAAUACUUCUUAUUAAAACUAAGGUGUAAAUGACAAAGCCACUCUGCUAAACUAUAAACAAAAAAGACAAAAUGAAGUGUCUGUUAAAUUGGCAUUUUAACUUGUUGCAUGCAACUAAAAACAAAAACAAAAAAAACCGAAAUUUUCAUGUUUCAAAAAUUAGUUUGUAUAUAAUAACUUUUGCUAGUAAAAUUGCCAUUUAUUCGACACAUUACAGAUUACUUGCAAAUGCUUAGAUUUUAGAAUUUUUUUUCACAAAAAUUCCACUGUUCAAGAAAUUGAACCUUUUUGUGCUACGCCCGCACAUAAUUUUAUUUAGGUACACAUUUUUUUCCGAAAAGCAGUUUGUGGCGUGGCGCGCAGCAACAAAAACAAAAAACGAAAUUAAGUGACUUGUAAAUAUUGAUUUUAAUUUUUUUGAUUAAAUUUACGCUCUUUUGACUUUCUAUUAGUUUAUUUAAACAACAAAAUUCUAAAUUAUGAAUUGUUCGUGCGGUGUGUUUGUGUUUUGUGCGGUGCAUAAAAUUUUUUGUAAUUUUUAAGCGACGUGUUUAGGAACAAAGAUUCAUAAAAAAGCAACUAAAACUAUAUUUUUGGUGAAUAUCUUGUUGAGUUCAAAAUAGGCUUCAAACUUUUUUCGAAUUUUUUUUAUAAAUAUAUGCACAACUUUUGAACUCAAAAAUAUUUUUCGUAUUAGAUAAAUAUUUUUAAGUUCAAAAAUAUACUUUGAAAAUGUCUGAUUGUUGUUGCAAUGCUUUCUUAAACUUAUUUUUCAAUAUAAUUUUUUAGGCCAAAAAUUUGUAUGCUGCCGUAGAUAUAAAUUUUAUUCUAUCAAAUAAUUUUGUAACAAAUAGUUUUUGUGUUUCUAGCCGAACAAAAUUCUGGCACCCCGCACACUUAACCGCCCUUUGCGCUCCUCUAGUUAAUUAGUUAACAUUUAUUUAUAAAUUUAUAUUUCUCACGCAAAUUUAGCAUACAUUUUAUAUACUCUUACGUAAGUAGUACACAAGCAAAACAAACAAAUCAUAAAGUGAAGACAAAACUUUUAUAUUAAAAAAGCAUUCGAUAGUGAUGUCCCUUAUUCCUAAACUAAAUUAAACUUAAUUUCUACGCUAUUUUUAUUUUAUGCAUAAUAUACUUAGUUCAAAUAUUACUUGAAAAGCAAGCAAACACAAAAUUAUUCUAAAUUUAAAAGUCGAUUAAUUUUUUUCUUAAUUUUACAAGUAAAAAAAAAACAAAAAAAUAUGUAAACACUUAAAAAAUUUGAAACUUUGGCAUAUCGUUGUUUAAGAGUUCAAAAUGAAUACACAAAGUUUGUGGCUCACUUGAGUUGUUCAAUAAUGUUUUUAAUAAAAAGCUAAUAAAACUUUUUUGGAAACACCAACCUAUACAUUUUUUUCAGUGUCACAAAUCAAGUCAGCACAAUUUUAGUGGUAUGCACACACAUGCAUCCAUACAAUUUGCUUAGUUGUAAUUAUUAAAAAACUACUUUUUUACAAAUGACAACGCACAACAGAACUGGAAAGUACACAUACACAUACCUAUACACACAAACUAUGGAGUAACACAAUGUAAUGAAUUUAUUAAUUUCUAAGCGCUACUUGUAUGAAAAACUAUUCAUAUACAUUUGAAUUCUGCACAGAAAUAUUUUAAGCAAAUGAAAUUAAAAAAAGUUUUACCGACCACAAAGCAAAUAUUUUAAAUUACAACUAAAUUGUUGAAAAUGUGUGAACUAAAAUUUAUUGUGAAAAAAACUGAAAAUGAAUGAAAAAUUAAGCAAUUCAAUAAUAUUUAUUGUGAAUAAGAAAUGUAAAAAAGUUGUAUACUACGAGUUAAAUGAAAAACAAAAAUUAAAAAAAUAAAUACAAUAAAAAAAUGUAGAUCUUA